UUCGUGUGAUUUGACCCCACUGCUGGUCGGGAUAUGUUCUAGUAAAAAAAAAAAAAAAAGAGCGAUUAACGGAGUCUUAACGCGGGGGAGCUCAUGUGGAGACCAGAUGAGAGCGCAGCGCGGCGGUGCGCCGGUCUAACGUCGUUUUCCCACUCUCACGGUCCUGUCGUUUUGGAUGACCGGCGGUCAGUGGACUGCUGCAGGUUAUAGACUCGUGGUCGACAGUGGCACCGGGCGUUUUGAUGUAACCUCAUCGGGAACUAAUUUAAAAACGCCUCGCUUGCCCCACCACUCCUCCAGGAGCCACACACACACACACACACACAGCACACAGAGCCUUGCGCGGCGCAAGACUGAGAAACAAAGUGGAUAUGGUUUCUAAUUUGGCAUUGGAAAAUGAUCUGAUCAGCAGAGGGAUUAUUUAACAUAUUCUUCGAUGAGUGGAGCUCUUCGCCUCGCUUGACGAGGGGGUGUGGAAGGGAUAAACGGAAGAGAAGGAGUCUACCUGACCGGAGAGAAGGAGGAGAGGGAGACGCGCAGGUGACCUGUUUCCAUUGGAGGAUAAUGGAACGGCUGUGGCUGUCUUUGCUGUUGCUGGCAGCAGCAUGCAGAGGACAGCCAUGUCCAAAACGCUGUAUGUGCCAGAGCCUCUCUCCAUCGCUGGCUAUCCUCUGCUCCAAGACGGGCUUGCUGUUCGUUCCUGCAGCCAUUGACCGGCGCACCGUGGAGCUACGACUUCAAGAGAACUUUAUCACAGCUGUCCGAAGAAAGGAUUUUGCCAACAUGACCAGCCUGCUACAUUUGACCCUCUCCAGAAACACCAUCAGUCAGAUACUCCCUUCAGCAUUUAGUGACCUGCGACGACUGCGAGCGCUCCACCUAGACUCUAAUAGAUUAACUGUGAUAAAGGACGAUCAUUUCAAAGGCCUGACCAACCUUCGCCACCUAAUACUCGCCAACAACCAGCUCCACAACAUUUCGCCCCAUGCCUUUGAUGACUUUCUGUCAACACUGGAGGAUCUUGACCUCAGCUACAACAACCUUGCCCAGGUGCCAUGGGACACGGUUGGGCGCCUGACCAAUGUCAAUACCCUAAAUAUGGAUCAUAACCUCAUAGAGAACGUUCCCCAGGGGGUAUUCACCAACCUGCACAAACUGGCAAGGCUUGAUAUGACAUCCAACAAACUGAAGAAAAUUCCCCCCGAUCCCUUGUUCCUGAGAAUCCCAGUUUAUGCCAAGUCCAGAGGAUCCCCUCUGUCCUCGCUGGUGCUGAGUUUCGGUGGGAACCCACUUCACUGUAAUUGUGAACUUCUGUGGUUGAGGAGACUUACCAGGGAAGAUGACCUUGAGACAUGCGCCUCUCCCCCUGACCUCAGUGCCAAAUAUUUCUGGACGAUACCUGAAGAGGAGUUCAUUUGUGACCCACCAGUUCUAACCCGGAAGUCACCUCACACCAUGGCAAUGGAGGGUCAACCUGCCAGCCUGAAAUGCAAAGCAAAUGGCGAUCCAGAGCCUGAAGUCCACUGGAUCAGCCCAGAGGGGCGACUUAUAUCUAACAGCUCCAGAACUUUAGUUUUCCCAAAUGGAAGCCUGGAGAUCAACGUAACAUCACUGAAGGAUUCCGGAAACUUCACGUGCAUCGCCUCCAAUGCAGCUGGCGAAUCCACGGGGAGGGUGGAGCUUGUUGUCACGGCGAUGCCCCAUCUUGCAAACAGCACGAGUCGUAGCCGAGACCCGUCCUCUGAGCCCGCCCCCUCUGAUAUUUUAACAUCCUCCAAGGUAGCACUGCCCAACAAUGAGACGCGGGGAGCGGACCGGAGAGUUUCCUUGGUGGAACUGAGAGGAAACUCUGCCCUCAUUAGAUGGACCAGCCAGACGCCACCGAUAUCUGGAGUCAGGAUGUUCCAAAUUCAGUACAACAGCUCUGGGGAUGACGCGCUGGUUUACAGGAUGAUCCCGUCCAGCAGCAACGACUUCCUGGUGCGGGACCUUGCCGCUGGACGCAGCUAUGACCUUUGCGUCCUGGCCGUGUUCGACGAUGUCAUUACAUCGCUGACUGCGACCCGCCCUUUGGGCUGUCUGUCAUUCACCACAGACACAGAGUUCAGCCAGUGCCAAGCACUGCACAGCCACUUCCUAGGUGGAACUAUGAUCAUCAUCAUUGGAGGGAUUAUUGUUGCUUCUGUGCUGGUGUUUAUCAUCAUCCUAAUGAUACGUUACAAGGUUUACAGCCACCAAGGGGCAGGCCACGGGAAAGCAGCCAUUGCGGCCAGUGUGCCAAGACCGCAGAGCAAUGGACAAGGAGGAAGUGGACAAGUCCAAGUCCUCCCUCACUCUGCUUCAAAAAUCACUGAGACUCAUGAGGACCAAGCGCUAGCGUCGUCCAGAGCCAUGUCGCCUAGCAACACCCUGAGAGACACAGUUGCACUGGUUGAGGAGAGCAGUGGACGGAGCAUAAUGACAAGGACCGACUCCCUGGCCAAUGAGGAGAUGCUCUCGCCCACAAAAGCCCGCUUCUCCUCCAGGGUCGCCAUUGAGAUGAAAAGCAGACCGCCAUCUGUUGCCAAAGAGCCCACCUCCCCCAAGGAACUGGCAGCAGCAGACAACAGGCGGCUCCAUAGUGUCCAAUGGAGAGACUUUAAGAUCUGAUGGUCUCUCGGCCUCACAAAGAGAUCGUGUCCACACUUCACAUAAAGAGUAAUGAUUGGAACUAAGAACUUGAGCACCCCUGUACCGUUUUCCUUCCUGUAGUCAUCUACCCUGGAGAUUCUUGUCACCACCACUAUACAAUAAAGCAAGACAGAACUGCAUUCGUUUAAGGUUCCUGAAGCCUAGAAAAUACCAGCGUUGCAACAGCUGUCAUUUGAGCGUUGAUUUAUUUGAGAUAAUGUCAUUAUUUUUGCUCAACUCAAAUGAGAGGCUUUCCAUAUGAUAUUCUGUUUUUUAAAUAUUUGGAAUUGAAAAGAAGUGACAUUGUUGCCUAUUGAAGAAGCAGAAAACAAACAAAAAGAGUGGUAAAAUGUAUUAUGUUCAUCAACGCAAAUUACCUUUAUUGUAUUAGGGUGAAGGCAGGAAUAAAAUCCGCUGCUUGAUAAAACAUCAGCAUGGUUAUUUACAACUAGAGGAAGUGGCUUUUGUAAUGUGGAUAAAUCUAUUAUAGAAUCCCUUCAUUUAUUAUCCCUGGUUUUCCUUUCCUUAACACUCCCUGCCCUUUUACUCUCUCUCUCCCAUCCUUUUAUCUAUUCAGUCUAGAUUUCCAUUUUAUUGCUUUUUAGUGCUCAUCCUCUCAUAUUUCUCCUCCCCACCCUCUAUUUUUGCUGCCACUUCCUUUUGUCCAACACCUUUACUUGUGUUUUUUUUUAUAUAUAUAUCCAUCUGCUCACUACUCACAUUACAAACAGCCCCCCUCCCCCUCCCCCCAUCUCCUUCAUCCAUCUGCGUGGUAUAAAGGGUGAUGAAGAUGAAAAGGGCAGAGGGGUGGAGGAUGAUGGAGGAGAAGACAUUGAAGAUGUGCAGUGGUUGUGAUGGAUGAAUACGCGCCGAGGCAUUAUGAAGACUGUGCUUCAUUUUUAAACUGGCACAAUAAGAACUGCCUGCACAUGAACGCGGUCAAGAAAUAUUCCUUCUGAAAAAUACAGUGAAGAAGUGCCCACAAAUAAGAGCUGGGGCAACAUCAUACUGACACAAUAGACAGUUCCAUCAUUCUUUAGGCUGUUACAUGUCUUGGCAAAAGUGGAUAUGAUAUGAUAUGAUAUGAAGCCAGACACACAAAAAAAAAUUGUUUUCAGUGUAAAGUAGCUUUUCUUAAACUAUUAUUAUAAUGCUUUUAAUUCAACUCCUCUGACAAAAUUUAUAAAUAUGGCCUUUGGGCCCGAUCAAGUUAAUGUCAAUUCCAGCUAUUUUGCAGAAGGUUUAUUUUCUUCCUGACAGACUUAAAGUUAUUAUGAGAUGUACUACACAUUUGGAAAAUGGUGCUAAAUUGUGUCUGUGAGUCGCUCUUCUGUCAAAUGUUUUUUUUCCAGAACCUUGUUUUUGUUGACAAAAGCUGAUGUUCUAUCCACUCCCCAAUUAUUUGACUUUUAUUUCUAACCACCCGGUUCUCAGUACAGUAACAAAGAUGAUGCCCCUUUUCCUUCCAGCAUUAAAGAGUAUUUUACUGUGCUAUUUUAAAACACGCAUGUUCUCGCUUUUG